AUGAAGACGAUCUUGUCAUCUGAGACGAUGGACAUCCCCGACGGCGUCGCCAUCAAGGUUCACGCCAAGGUGAUCGAAGUCGAAGGCCCACGCGGGAAGCUCGUUCGCGACUUCAAGCAUCUCAACCUCGAUUUCCAGCUGAUCAAAGACGAGGUCACUGGAAAGAGACAGCUCAAGAUCGAUUCGUGGUUCGGCUCUCGCAAAGCCAGUGCUUCGAUCCGAACCGCUCUCAGCCACGUCGACAAUCUCAUCGCUGGUGUCACUCAAGGGUUCCUUUACAAGAUGAGGUUCGUGUAUGCCCAUUUUCCCAUCAACGCUUCGAUCUCCAGUGACAACAAGGCCAUCGAGAUCCGUAACUUCCUUGGCGAGAAAAAGGUGAGGAAGGUUGAUAUGUUGGACGGUGUUACCAUUGUUCGAUCUGAGAAGGUUAAGGAUGAGAUUACUCUUGAGGGAAAUGAUAUCGAGCUUGUCUCAAGGUCAUGCGCUUUGAUCAACCAGAAAUGCCAUGUGAAGAAGAAGGAUAUUAGGAAGUUUCUUGAUGGUAUCUAUGUGAGCGAGAAGGGCAAGAUCGCAGUUGAGGAAUGA